AUGGAUCGGAUCAAAGGACCAUGGAGUCCUGAAGAGGACGAGUUGCUUCAACAGCUUGUUGAGAAACAUGGAGCGAGAAAUUGGUCGUUAAUUGGUAAAUCUAUACCGGGUAGAUCUGGGAAAUCGUGUAGGUUAAGGUGGUGUAACCAGCUGUCGCCGCAGGUGGAACACCGUGCGUUUACGCCGGAGGAAGACGAGACGAUUCUUCGUGCUCAUGCUCGGUUUGGGAACAAGUGGGCGACGAUUGCUCGGUUGUUGUCAGGUCGGACUGAUAACGCCAUUAAAAACCAUUGGAACUCGACGUUGAAGAGGAAGUGUUCUUCGAUGACGAAUGAAGAGUUUAGUGAGUUUGCUAUUCAACAGCCUUCGUUAAAAAGAUCGGUUAGUGCUGGUUCGGCGGUGGCUGUUUCCGGUCGUUAUUUGAAUCCCGGUAGUCCGUCUGGAUCUGACGUCAGUGAUUCCAGCGUUCCGGCGAUUUCGUCGUCGCACGUCUACCGACCAGUCGCUCGAACAGGGGCGGUUGUUGCUCCGCAAAUCGAAGUAGCAACGUCGUCUCCUCCGCCUCAAACGAAAGAUCCUCCGACUUUAUUAAGUCUCUCGCUUCCUGGAGUCGAAAAUGAAGAGUGUACAGCUGCUCCGACGCCGAUGCAGUUAAUGCCGCCAUCGCCGGUAGCAAGUCCUUUACCACCUCCGCCUCCGCCUCCGCCGGUUCCUAUCCAUGCUAUGCCGUUGCGGCAGGUCCCAGUCGAUCGUUACAAGAACAUAAACCUAAACAACGCCGACCUCAUGUCAUCGAUUCCGAUGGCGAUUUCCUCCGCGAUGCAUCAGCUUAAGGUAUCUCAAAAUCCAGUAAUGGAAGUAGAUCAACAGGAUAAGUCUUUCACGCCGUUCAAUGCAGAGUUUUUGUCUGUAAUGCAAGAGAUGAUAAGAACAGAGGUCAGGAAUUACAUGACAGGAGUCGAACAACAUAAUCACCAACAACGAUCCGGAGAGGGUGGCGGAAUGUGCAUGAAACAGGCGGCGAAUGGCGGUGGCGAUGGGUUUAGGAACGCUGCGGUGGUGAAGAGAAUCGGCAUUAGCAAGAUCGAUUAG